AGACGCGGGAACGGGUCCGGACAGAGGCGCCGUUGCUCUUACUCUGGGAAAGGAGUUGAAGUGAAGUGAGGUGCUAAUAGGAGAGGUAGAGAGAGAUAAGAAAGAGAGAGAGACAAAAGAGAGGGGUAAAGAGACUGAUGCGUCAUCAAGAAAGGGAAGGAGAGAGAUGGGCCACAAAGGGAGUUCAAGAGAGAGAUACGUCAGGCUUCGAAAACUUGCGAGCUGAUGGGUAGCGGCCAAAUCGGGGUCAGGGAACCCAAGAUGUCCGGUGGAAGGAAAACUUUGUCCGUGUGUCUCCUCGUGGUGGUCGUUGGGUCGUGCGCGGGUCAGAGUAUCCAGCAGCUGCUCAACAACAUCGGCAUCAACAACCCCACAACCGUAGCGGAGAUCAGAAGCAUCUUAUCUAAAGAUAACCAACACAAUGUAGUAUCCUGUUUGGUCAAUGGCGUGGCUGCCGACGCUGGACGACCGUGCGAUGCAAGAACAGAUGACUUUAGGAGCCUCUUGACGCAACUUGACAGCAACAAUUACAACUGCAACUGCCCGGAGCAAGCCCAGGUCGAUGCUUUCGCCAAUCUCAUCAGAAAUAUCCUUAAUCCAGCAAACUGCAAUAACGUGAGGAAUGCGUUGCAACUGCAAAACUUACGUUGUUAAAGAAGGUGCAUAGUCCAGUUGGUGUGGAACUAAGAAGAUGAGAGAGUUUGGGGUUUUCUUUUGGUAGCAAGAUGCAAUAGCGUAAGAAUACAGAGGCGAUUCCCCUGCGCGGCUGAGCAUCCAGAAAUUUUCAAAUGCUUGCCACAUAUCGCGAAAUAAAGGCGGAGAACAAGA